CAAUCGCAGGAGUACAAUAAAAAAGAAAAGAAUACCGAUUAUUGGAGCAAUUCAGCAACAUCGUUUCUUCUUGACAAAUACGAAACAUAUAUGUCGGAUAUUGGUCCCAUGAAAAAAUUUAAAACUAAAAAAUUGAUGUGGGAGCAAAUUUCAAAAGACAUGAUGACGAUGUUGAACAUAUCAAAAACUCCUCUUCAAAUUGAAAAUCGGUAUAAAACUAUCCUCAAAAGGAAAAAAAAAGCAGUUGAGAACAACUCUAAAUCAGGCAGCUCUAGAGAGACUGUACCAUUCGAAGAAGAAUUGAAUAAAAUUGCUCAUUCGGACGAUAGUAUUGAGCCCGAGGUGUUGCGAAGUGCGAAGAGCGUUAAAUACCCUAAAUUGAAUAAAAGUAUGUUGGAAGAAAUCAGCAAUGAUAGUGCCCUCACACAUUCUACUGAAAGCUCAUUGCCAAAGACGAAAAAGUCGAAAUCAAGUUCUGGUGAUAAAAGGAUGGAAUACUGGGAAAAGAAAGAAGCGGCAAAAGAAAGGCGUCACCAAGAAAAGUUAAAUCUAAUACGGGAGUUAUUCGCCAAACAAGAGUAGCGGGAAAUAAAGUAAAAUAAUGC